AUGUGCCACUGUGAGAAGUUCUACGAGGACGAAGCCUUAGUGGCCAGGAUCAAGAGCGAGAAAGAAAAACUUGCUGCGAUGAAGUACUCUGAGAAGAAGGUGAGGAUCUUGCAUCUGCUCUGGGGGCAGGCGGAGACCGAGACCGAGACCAGGCUGAGCCUCAUGGGUGUGCCUGUCCUCAAGGAAUGCUUCUGCGAGCUCCUUGGCAUCACGCGGUGGAUGCUGGACACGAUGCGCAAAGCCCAAAAGGAUGGGCACAUGCGACCGCCACUCGAUGGACGAACUGGUGGUACCACGCACGAGAGGGAUCAUACGGCGAGCCUCACAGCAGAUAAGUUUUUUCUAUGGACUUGGUGCACACUUGGCCAGCCGUUCGCUGAAGAGCUCGACCCAGAGGACGACAUCGCGAAGCUCAAGGUCAACCCAAACAUCGACGAUUUUCAUUUCGAUUCUGACAACCAGGUAACCCGUCUCAUCGAGGACCCGGCUGCCCACAUCCUCUCGCUUCCUGCUCGCACUCUUGUGAGCACGACUAUAACGGAGCUCUUUGAUCAUUUCGAAAGCUGGUGUGCUGGAGCAGGCAUUGAGGCGUGCUCCUACUCGACCUUCUUGAAUGUGUGGAACAAGAAUUGGAAUAACACGCACCUUCGCAUGCGCAAGCUCUCGCCACAUGCACGGUGCGAAGACUGCGCGCGCUUUGCAGAGGCGCGCAAACGGGCUGAGACAGACGAGCAGCGCCGCGACAUCAUGCACCAAUACUACGAGCACCUGAAGGGCCAGUACGAGGACAGGACUGUCUACAGCAGGAUCGAAUCAUUAAGCGAGGCAGCGCUGGCACAAGAUUCAAAGAAGAAAAAAGACCACACCUCGAUCCUCAGCCUGGCCAUCGAUGGGAUGGACCAGGCCAAAUUCAGGCUGCCCCGCAACCUUUGCAGCAGCAAGUUGUGGGAUAAGUUAUGGCGCCCGCAAGUACAUAUGGUUGGCGUUCUGGUGAAUGGCAGCAGCGACCACUACUUCCUCGAGGAUCAGGACAUGAAGAAGGACGCUAGCAACAACUGCGAACUACUAUCGAUCACAAUUCAGCGCGUUGUCGACGAGUGCAAGGCCAAGAACAUACCCCUUCCGAUGCACCUCCACGUGCACGCAGACAACACUGGCAGAGAGCAGAAAAACAAAACAGGCUUGGGGUUCUUAGGCGUCUUGGUUGGGAAGAAGAUUUUCACCACAGCCACGCAGUCUCAUUUCAUGAAGGGGCACACCCACUUCCAGCUCGACCAGAAGUUCAGCACUAUCGGGUCUCGCCUCGCCAGCACUGGCGUGAUGGAGACAAUCCAGGACUUCAAGCUUGCCAUCGAGCAGUCGUUCGAGACGAAUCUAUCUUGCACCAUUGUUGACGGCUCUCGGGAUUGGAAAUCGUUAUUGGAAAACCUGGGCAUGCAGUUACAUGGGCAUACUGGGCCAAAGGCGCCACACCAAUUCAUGCUGGUCAGGCGCAGCCACUUAGUCGAAGACGGGGCCACAGACUUGAUCGUAUCAAGAGGUGGGUGGGGCAUCGACGUGGAGGACCAUCCGGACGACGUAAUAUUGCUCACCAAAGCUUUCAUGCGCGAUACGCAGCUCUCCCAGAUGCCGGUCCUGUUCAUCCCGCACAAGGUCUUGCACGAGCUGGGGAGUGCUGCUCCUACUGAAGUCAACCCCAGGAAUGAGAUCCCGGAUCAGCAUCGGACGAAGUACCUGACCACGGCUCGCGAGAUCGAGAAGGAGCCAUGGGCCUUGAAACGUGCAGCUGCCUACCUUCGCGAGUGGGUGGCGACCAACAAGACCCUCCAGAAGACGCCAAUGACUGUGGAUGAUCUGACCCCGCUGCCCUUCUUCAGCUCUCCGGAGAAGAUGGAGGAUCCGAAGAAGAUCGACCUCAAAAACUGCUUCACCCUGGUCAAUUACAUUUCAGUCGGCGCUGCCCCGAAGCGCGCUGCCACGAAGCGGACAAAAAUCCUUGGGAAGAGGCCUGCUGGUCGCGCAGAGCAGCCUGACAAUGGGCAGGCUGAGGCAGUGGUGGAGCUGCUGCCUCCGCAGCCAGCUGCUGGCGGGCGCAAGCGCAAGAGGCUUCAGCUCCCGGAGGGCAUGCCAGAGAGCAUUCGCCACCAGCUCGGGUGCUCCAAAUGCCGUAGGGUUCCAACUGGCUGCGGGACGUGCCGCAAGAAGGCUGGCGUUACAGUCUCGCCAGAUGGUGAGUGGACGUUCUGA